CGAUAAUAGCCCCUUGUCCAAAGUGUAUCUAGCCUGGCACAAGGAGGGGGAAGAGAGGGUGUGUGUGUGUGUGUUGGCCGUACGGACCCGACUGCUUGCUGCUACUCCAGCAGGUUUAAGCUACUUGUGGCUGCCCAAAAACCAACCCCGCUCGCCGCCGCCACUCGCCACCACCAUCAUGUCCCGGAUGAAGGUCCCCAACACGCGCAUCAAUCGGUUCAAGUACAAGGGGAAGGAUAUGGACGAGCUGAGGCGGCAGCGGAUGGAGGCGACUGUGGAGCUUCGCAAGAACAAGAAGGAGGAGGGCCACAUGAAGCGUCGCAACCUGGGCUCCUCGCCGGUGGAGCCGCCCGGCGACCUGGACGACCGCUACUCGUCCGUCUUGGACGACACCAAAUGUCUCCCCAACAUCAUGACCGUCGCCGACAUCCUAUGCGGAGUGAAGAGCGGCAACUCUGAGCAACUGCUGCAUGCGACACAGGCGGCGCGGAAGAUGCUAUCCCGUGAGAAGCACCCACCCUUCAACGACAUAAUCGCGGCGGGGCUGGUGCCGGAAUUCGUGGCGUGCCUGGAUCGCGAUGACUGCCCGCUGCUGCAGUUCGAGGCGGCGUGGGCCCUCACCAACAUCGCCUCUGGCACCGGCGAGCAGACGGCCAUCGUGGUGGCGGCCGGGGCCGUCCCGGCGCUUGUGCGCCUCGUCUCCUCGCCGCACUCGCACAUCAGCGAGCAGGCCGUCUGGGCGCUGGGCAACAUCGCCGGUGAUGGGGCGGAGCACCGAGACCUCGUGGUCAACAGCGGCGCCGUGGGUCCGUUGGUCGCCCUGCUGGAGAACUGCAACAUCGACGAAUUUCACGUGGGCCUGCUCCGGAACCUGACGUGGACUCUGUCGAACCUGUGCCGGAACAAGAACCCGGCGCCGAGCGUAACGACGGUGCUGAUGCUGCUGCCCACAAUGGUGCGACUGCUGCACCACGCCGACCACGAGAUCGAGGCGGACGCUGCCUGGGCCCUCUCCUACCUCACGGACGGCACCAACGAGCGCAUCCACCUGGUGCAGGCGCAAGGGGUCACGCCGCGCCUCGUCCAACUGCUGGGCUGCGACGUGCCGGCCGUCGUGACCCCAUGCCUGCGUGCGAUCGGAAACAUGGUGACAGGCACUGACGAGCAGACGCAGGUGGUGUUGAAGGCCGGUGCCCUCGAUAUGUUCCCCAUGCUGCUGCGCCACCCCAAGAGCAACAUCCAGAAGGAGGCCACGUGGGCCGUGUCCAACGUGGCGGCUGGCCCCAUAGACCAGAUCGAGCAGAUCAUCGCCGCCGGCCUUGUGCCCCACCUCAUUCACGUCCUCGACAAGGGCGACUUCAAGUGUCAGCGCGAGGCCAUCUGGGCAGUGACGAACUUCACGAACGGCGGCUCGGUGGAGCAGAUCGUGUACCUCGUGCAGGAGGGCGUGCUCAAGCCCAUCCUGAACCUCUUCUGUUCCAAGGACAGCAGGAACGUGCAGGUGGCGCUCAACGCGCUGGGGAACCUCUUCCUGGCCGCGGAGAAGAUUGGCGAGGUGGAGAACAUGACGCUUAUGGUGGAGGAGAGCGAGGGGCUGGAAAACCUGGAGAUGCUCCAGAUGCACGAGAACGAGACCAUUUACAAGACGGCGCUCGCACUCCUCGACAAAUACUUUAGCACCGAGGAGGAUGGGAAAGAGCUGGUGGGACCGACGGUGACUGGGAGCCUGUACAUGUUCACUCAGCCCAGUAACGAACACGACGGUGGCUUCGGCUUCUGAGCUGCCAACAGGGAGGAGGGACGGCGGAGGUAGUGGGAACUAUGCACCUCCCGUCGCGUGACUUGGAAGUGCGAAACAGAGGUUUUAAUGCCGCCGGCAAGUCGUCUCUCUCUAAAGCGUGCGUGUUCGGCGCCAAGAGGUGGGUGGAGGUGGUGGGAAUAUAGGGGUGAGGAUGUCUUUCUGUUUGUGCAGUGGAGUGAGGUUGAACAUCACCUUCGCUGGAAAAUAUGGCACGAUGUCAAAUUCCGAUCCUCCCUAGUCCAUGGACCACAGCAGAAUUUUGGGGCUGCACGUUUCUGUUUAUGACUAAUAUGUGGGUUGUGAUGUCAUGAUUCAUACAUAAGGUCGUUUACAAAUUGGCUUUUUUAUUGGCUUUUUAAAGACGGUUGGUGUAACUUCGGUCUUGCCGUCUCUCCCUGGUGGUACCAACGGAGGAAACUAGUUCAUCUGGGCCCGUGGUGCCACUCCGCUCGCAAGAGCUCAGUGUGGAGUCUUGGUGAUCAUCGGAUGUCUUUAAAUCGGCGUUGCAGUUGCAUGUUCCAUGUAUUCUGGGUAAUGUUUCCAGACUGAGAAGUCUCAACUUUAAUGGUUGACGAGGUGCUUUUUCAGUCCUUUUUUUCCUGUGCGAGUCUCGCCGCAUCUUUGUGUUUGUUCAUCGAAACUGGCACGUUUUGGAGCUUGUGGUUAAACGCUCAAUGCACAUUAAACACAAAGCUGUCUGCGCUAAUGCAACGGUGUUAAACAGCUUUGAAAUCCGAGCACAUAUUUAAGUUUAAAUUAUAACAAAGCUCUAUUGACUGUUUUAAGUAUCCUGAAGUUUUACUGUUAAUGACAAAUAAAGAUUGCUACUUGAAUGUU